CGAUGCUGGUAUCUGUCCCCGAUGCUUCUCCGGCUUCAGGUUUCUCUCGGGCAUCUUGUGGGCUUUGAUUCAGGUGCUAGUACUCCGAGUCUGUGCCUCGAGUUCCUGUAGCACGUUGGCUUCAUCCUUAGUUCACCAGGCGCUCCCUGAAGCUAUCUGGCGAUGAUCCAUAUGUCAACACACCGGCUCUACAUCGUUCCGUGAUCGUGGGCGCGUCCACUUUGUGCAGUGCUAAUGAGCGCAUCGAUGGCAGAGCCACUAACGGAACAGUGGACAGCGCCUCGCUGUUGACGUCGGUGGUUUUCUUGAGCGCUCGAGCGCUCAGUGGGCUAUAUAUGUGACUUGGGUUUUUGUUUUGGAAGUCAUUCUGCCUUUCUCCUCUCUUCAUUCACUGUGACUUCUUCGACUCGGUCUGCGACCUGACGUCUUUGCUUUUGUUUUUGAACGACCUAUAGCUGUUUAAUCAGGCCUCCUUCGUCCGGUUUCUUAUCUUCAUACUCUUACGGACCAUAUAUUUUUACCACUUCGACCUCCAUUUACUUCCUUCCGACUUCCAGAAUGAUGUUCAAGUCCGCUGCGUUCUUUGCUCUGAUUCCGGCCUUGACUGCUCUGGCUUUGCCUCAUCCCCAACCUAAACCGGCGCGGGCGCCGGGGCACAUCUCGAUCCCGUUGAGGAAGCGGGAGGUGGGAAGUGGACUCGGAAGGAGAGGUAACGGCAACUCGUCCUCGUCUCCAUCGAUAUCGAAUGGCACGAUCGAUCUAUUCGACUGGCAGGAGACGCGGUGGGUCGGAUAUAUCGAUGUCGGCACACCCCCGACCACGUUUACGAUCAACUUUGAUACCGGAAGUGGCACGCUGUUUUUGCCCGGCCUCGACUGCGGGAACUGUACCGGGCACCACCAGUGGGAUCCCAAAACGAGUUCAACGGCGAAGAACACUGGCAAGAAUACAACUUCUGCAUACGCAGAUGGAUCCCAGGUGUCAGGUGCUGUCUGGACGGACGACAUCUACCUUGGCGGAUACAAGAUCCAGAACCAGACUAUCCUCGUGGCAGACACAUAUACCGAGGACUUUGGAUUCGCGAGCGAUCCCUCCGAUGGCCUUCUUGGCCUCGGAUUCCCCGCGUCGUCCGUGAAUUACACUGACUCGGCCUUCUUCAACCUCGUGAACCAAAGCGGAAGCGGACUGCCCGAACCCGUCUUCGCAUUCUAUCUCAGCAAUCAAGGCUCUGAGCUCACCAUCGGCGGCACCAACAAGGACUUGUACACUGGCAAUAUCACUUAUGCGCCUGUCACUGGUGCCGUGAAGCAAAUAUGGGAGGUUGAAGUUGACAAGUUGACCCUCAACAACCAGACGAUCCUUUCGAACUUCUCCGGUAUCGUCGACAGCGGCACAACAGCGAUCCGCGCGAACGAGACGCUCGUCUCCGCCUUUUACCAGUCGAUCAACGGGACAUCCCUCGGUGGCGGCAGCUUCGUAGCCCCCUGUGACCAGUUGGCAGAGCAGCAAAUUAGCUUCAUUAUUCAGGGCAAGGAGAUCACCAUGUCGUUCGAGUCGCUCAACCUCGGGACAUUUUCGGCUCCAAACGGUACUUUGUACUGCCUUGGCGGAGUCGUCGGGGAUGCUGGCCUUGACGUUGACACCUGGAUUUUAGGGGACGUGUUCAUGAAGAACGUCUACACUAUCUUUGACGCCGGGAAGGCUCGCGUGGGCUUUGCUGAUCUCGCGACUUCAGUCGAUUCGUUGUAGAGACUUGAUACGCAACGUUUAUUUUCAUGACGACACAUGAGCAGUUACUUUAAAUUUAUUACCUGUAUUCCACGAUGGACACCUACAUUCCUUGUAUAUCACGAAAUAUACGACUUUUCGACCGAGUUACU